CCUAAUUCUGUUUGUCAACCAAAUAAAAAAGAAUUAUAAAGUUUAAGCAAGAGAAUUUGUCGCAAACACAACAUAUUUGAAUACUUUGCAAACAUCACAAAAAGCAACAGAAACUUGUGAUUUUCACAAAACCAGACCAAAGUCAAAAACUUAGAGAAAAUAAACAAGGAAAACCAUAAAACCCCACAUCAGAUUCAUUUGAGAACUUAGCUAGUAAUGCUCAAACCUCUCUUUCCACCUUGCUCUUCACCACCAUUUUUACCCAAGAACCCGAAUCAAUUACACUUCGAGCAACACUACCGCCAUCUCUGCGACCUCCUUCUCUCCUUCACUCGCUCUCGGGCGCUUCCGAAAGGUCUCCAAAUCCAUGCCCACAUUCUCAAAUUAGGCUUCCAAUCCAUCCCUCUUGUUUCCCACCAUUUGAUCAAUUUUUAUUCAAAAACUCAAUUUCCCGCCUUUUCCCGCCAAAUUUUUGAUGAAGCCCCUUUUAAGGUUUCUACUACCUGGAGCUCUGUUAUAUCUUCUUUUGCUCAGAAUGAGCUCCCUUGUGUUGCUCUUGAGUUCUUUUGCAGGAUGGUUGGAGCCGGGUUUCGGCCGGAUGAUCAUACGUACCCGAGUGCGAUGAAGUCGUGCGCGAUUUUGGGGAGGGUUGAUGUGGGGAGAUUGGUUCAUGGGGUUGUGAUCAAGACUGGGUAUGAGGAGGAUGUGUUUGUGGGGAGUUCUAUGGUGGAUAUGUAUGCUAAAUGUGGAGAAAUUUGGGAUGCACGGAAGGUAUUUGAUAAAAUGCCUGAGAGAAAUGUAGUUUCUUGGACUGGAAUGAUUUUUGGGUAUACUCAAUUGGGUGAAAAUGAGGAGGCACUUAGGUUGUUUAAGGAUGCUGUAGUUGAGGGUGUUGAUGUUAAUGAUUUUACGUUCUCGAGUGCGGUUCAUGUUUGUGGUAAUUCAACCCUUUUGGAACUAGGGAAGCAAAUUCAUGGCUUGUGCUUGAAGAAGAGUUAUGAUUCGUCGGGUUUUGUUGGGAGUGGUUUGAUCUCGUUGUACUCGAAGUGUGGGAUCAUAGAAGGGGCAUAUCGUGUAUUCGAUGAGGUGAAGACAAAGAAUGUUGGAUUAUGGAAUUCUAUGUUGAUUGCUUGUGCUCAACACGCUCAUUCUUCGAAGGUGUUAGAUUUGUUUCGUAGUAUGGAAAGUGAAGGAACAAAGCCGAACUUUAUCACCUUCUUGUCUUUGCUUUAUGCUUGUAGUCAUGCAGGAUUGGUUAAGGAGGGCCAGUUUUACUUUCAUCAGAUGAAAACGUAUGGCAUUGAACCAGGGCAUCAGCAUUAUGCCACCUUAGUCGAUUUGCUAGGCCGUGCUGGAAAGUUGCAGGAGGCGCUUACAGUUAUCAAGGAGAUGCCCAUUGAACCAACUGAGUCUGUUUGGGGUGCUUUAUUGACAGGCUGCCGACUACACGGCAACACUGAAUUAGCAGCAUAUGCUGCAGACAAGGUUUUUGAGUUAGGAAAUGUGGGUUCUGGCCUAUUUGUACAGCUAUGUAAUGCCUAUGCAGCAGCUGGGAGACUCCAAGACGCAGCCAAAGUUAGGCUGAUGUUAAGGGAUAGAGGGAUUAAGAAGGAAACAGGUUUAAGUUGGCUUGAGGAAGGCAAUAAGGUUCACACAUUUGCUGCAGGGGACAGAUGCCAUCCGAAAUCCCAGCAGAUAUAUCAGAAAUUGGAAGAAAUAGGGGACGAAUUGGAGCGAGCUGGCUACAUUGCUGACACUAGUUUUGUACUGCAACAAGUGGAUGAUGAUACCAAAAAACAAACAAUUAGGUAUCACAGUGAGAGGUUAGCGAUUGCUUAUGCAUUGAUCAGCUUCCCACCUGACAGGCCUAUCCGGAUUAUGAAAAAUUUGCGUGUAUGUGGCGAUUGUCACACUGCAAUCAAGUUUAUGUCAAAGUGCACCGGAAGAAUAAUUAUUGUGAGAGACAAUAACAGAUUCCAUAGGUUUGAAGAUGGAAAGUGCUCGUGUGGAGACUACUGGUAAUUGUAUUGUAGCUGCAAACGUGGCGUUCGUUGUAUAGAUUUUCUCACUCUCCACAUACAUCUAUAACAAUGUUUCAACGAAACAAUUGUGGAGUUAUUUCAAUUAAACAACAGUUCGUAAACAAAGCACCACUGACCAUUGUGCCUGCAUUACUGUGUUUGUCAAGCAAUUGAUUUAAUUACACAAAAUGCAUUGAGAUGAAGUAGUUUUUGC